AUGGGAAUCCAUAAUGAGGCCGGGGCGGGGAGGGAGAAAAUGGAACUGAAGCAAUUGGUGGGAAAGAUGCUGAGGAUGAUGCUGGAUAGGAAUGACAAGGAGAGGGGUUUUGUGAAUGUCAAUUCGAAUGAGGUGGUUUUGUUGGUGAAUAACUUGGGUGGGGUGAGUGUACUGGAAUUGGGAGGGAUUGUGGCUGAGGUGGUGAAGCAGUUGGGUGAGGACUGGAAUAUCAAGCCGGUGAGGGUGUUGAGUGGGACGUAUAUGACGAGCUUGAAUGGGUUGGGGUUUAGUGUUAGUUUGUUGAAUGUGGUGAAUACGGAUAUCGGGGGACCGGGGAUGAUUGAGUUGUUGGAUGAUGAGUGUGAGGCUACGGGGUGGCCGGCGCAGAUAUCGAAGUUGACUUGGGAGGAGAGGAAUCAGGCUACGAGGGAGGAGGAUGCAUCGAAUGGGGAGGAGGUAGGCGAGAGUGGGUUGAGGGUCGAUGCGAAGGCUGCUCAGGAGGUGUUCACUCGGGGGUUGGAGGCGGUGGUUGCGGCGGAACCUGAUGUGACGCGGUAUGAUACUAUUGUUGGUGAUGGAGACUGCGGUAUUGGUCUCAAGAGGGGUGCUGAAGCCAUCUUGCGCCACCUCUCGAGCAAGCCCUUGACUGGCGACGUUGUGAUAGACCUUGCCAACAUCAUCCCAGUGGUCGAGAUGGAAAUGGACGGCACAUCUGGAGCCUUGUACGCCAUCUUUCUCAACGCUCUUGUUGCUGCUUUGAGAACAACAUCACAAAGCGAAAAGGAGGCAUCAGCCAAGGUUUGGGCUGCCGCACUUCGCCAAAGCUGUGAAGCCCUCUCAAAAUACACACCAGCUCGGCCUGGAGAUCGCACACUUGUGGAUGCUCUAUAUCCGUUUGUCAACACUCUUGAGGAGACAGGAGAUGUUAAGAAGGCAGCAGAGGCAGCAGUUGCUGGUGCUGAAGGCACCAAGGGGAUGAAGGCCAGUCUUGGAAGGACCGUCUACAUUGGCGGUUCUGGGUUUGAGGAAGUUCCUGACCCAGGUGCUUGGGGCUUGGCGAGCUUCUUCCAGGGCUUGACGGGGAUCAAAAAGCUGGAGGAGGAUUCGAACGGGUGGGAGAAGCUUUGA